UUGUUGCUCUCUUUGGGCUGUAUGAUUGUUUUAUAUACUUCUGUUCUUUAGGUUCAUCAGUUGCCUUUCUCCAAACUGCCCAAGAAUCUAACUGUGCUUUAAACUGUACUGCCAGUUUUCACAUUUAAAAGCCUUCACAGUAAUUUGUUAGAGUGCUCUUUCUUUGAAAUUCUUUCAUAAAAUGAAAAGAAGAAGGAAAGAUUGCUGUUCCCUGUAUGCCGUAUCUCCAGGUAUCCUGUAAAUAAUAAAUCCGGUGUUUUGUUUUAUUAAUCUUUUUAACUGUAUCCUAAAGUCAUAGUAACACUCUCCAGUAAGUAAGAGGGCUUUCAUUUUACUAAUUGUUCUUCCAGAUGCAGUGUCAGUCCAUCAUCAGGUGCACAUCUAACCUGUGCAUGUGAUUAUUUUUGUUACUGCAGACCUCCUACAAGCCUCAGAAACCGGCGAUUUUUUGCCUAAAAGUUGUUCAUCACAGCUGAUUUUAUGUUUUUUGGCCCUGUUUUUCAUUCUUCUACAGAAUGUUCUGUGGAAACAGGAACAGUACAUCUUGUGUUGAUCUUUGAGGCUUUGCUAUCAGUUUCCUCAAGAGUCAUGGCAAAGAACAGCCUAUCUUCUCUUUCUCUUAACUCAGAAGAAAGGAACCAUCCAACCCCAGACUUCAAGAUUUGACGUCACAAGUAAAUGAAGUUAACGGUAGAAUCUGUGAUCUGAUAUAGACAGCACUAAUGCAAGCACAGUUCUUGUGUUUGCAGAUCUGAGAUACAAGAUACAUUUAACCUGCUGUGGGAAAUUGUCCUGGUUUCAACAGGAUUGUUUCUAAUGGCCUUUUAUCACAGUUAGUCCUGUUUCAGGACAGUAAUUGUCCAAAAAAAAAAAACAGAAAACACAGAAAGCAAAAUGCUUAUAACAUGAAAAUUAUAUUAGGGUUUCUAUAAGACAAGCCUCGUAUAAGAUGCUACCUGUCUGGCCUAUAUAGCAAACUUAGACAGGAUCUGGAACCCCAGUGUGCUUGAACUGUUUUUUUCAACCUGGAAAGAGAAACACAAUUUGAAUAGUCAUCUAAUAUUGCAAUGCAGAGAUCUUAUAUGUGUGCGUAUUUGUCCUAAAUCAGAACAUCUCCCAGAUUCUUGUAGAUGGUGGAGGACGUAACACAUUAGGGAAUAAAAAUCCUUUGGAAGUAGGAAUUUAUUUUCUACUGGCCGCUUUCAUAAGAGAAAAACAUCUCUGGCAUCCUGAAUACAUAGAUGUUCACUUUUUGUGUUUUUACAUGACAAGUAAUCAUGUUUGGAAAUUGUCAUCACAGCAUGAAAUGUAGAGCAGAUCCUGUACAAGAUUUGCUCCUCUUUCACUUCCUUCAAAGACUGGACUUUGAGGGAAGUGGAUGACAGUGCUUCAGAAGUGAGGAGUUGAGUAUCAUCUUCUUAAUCUGUAUCCUUGGAGUAAUUUACUCAGAAAUCCUAAGAAAAUAAGAACAUUUAUGGAUUUAAUGGAAAUUCAAGCAGCGUACAUAAAUAACAGGCAAGACUUCAUUAAACAGUUGCUUUUGAGAUUCAUAACAUUUGGCAUGCAGGUACAGUUGUGUCGUUGUGAGAACAUCAGCAAAGAUGGUAGAAUUUAUCUAAAUUCUGUUUGGUAAUGAAAUACAAAAAAAAUAUUUUUGUCAUUUUAGAAAUGCCUUUAACAUUAGCCUUUAUCUAUAGGCAGUUUUACAUGUUUCUCAAAGGUUUUUUUAAGAUUAUACAUGAAUUAGAAACAUUCUACCAUACUCACAGAUGUGCUUUGAAGUUUUAAAGAUGUAAUGAACCCAGAAAUGUUAAAUGAGAGCUGUCCUCCAGUAUGUAUUCUAAAGCAUUGACUUAACACAGGAAACCAAGGAAAACGGGUCCAAUUAUGGAGUAACAUGUGCAAAAAGGAAAGUAAAAAAAAAUAUAUUUAUGUUAAAUACCUUGGCAUUAAGGAUUUGUUUUGCAUUUGGCCAGUAAUCUCUAAGAUAGUCAGCCUGAAGCUGCAGGAUGUGAGCACAUGGCUCCUGCAAAGAUCCCGCAUGGGGGAUACCCUCCAGCUGCUGAGCACGGGGAAUUGUACAGUCUUACAUAAAUAUUGGGAAAUCCUUCCAUAACUGAUUCCUUCCGGUACCUAUGCUGUCUCACCUUAUGGAAAUCAUAGAAAUUAUUGAAGAGGCAGUUUUAGCUAGCUGUGCUUAUCAAGUUUAUAGAAGAGUUUCUCAUCAAAUGAAAAUCAAGGCACUCCAGGCAGCAAGGCAGCUGCUUUUACAGCAACAGACAAGUGGACUGAAAUCUCCUAAGGGCAGUGACAAACAGAGACCACUGCAGGUGCCUGUGUCAGUGGCCAUGAUGACUCCCCAGGUGAUCACCCCUCAGCAAAUGCAGCAGAUUCUCCAGCAGCAAGUGUUGUCUCCGCAACAGCUUCAAGCACUUCUCCAGCAGCAGCAAGCAGUUAUGUUGCAGCAGCAACAACUACAAGAGUUUUACAAGAAACAGCAAGAGCAGUUACAUCUUCAGCUUUUGCAGCAGCAGCAACAGCAGCAGCAACAGCAACAACAGCAGCAGCAACAACAGCAACAACAGCAGCAGCAGCAGCAGCAACAGCAGCAGCAGCAGCAGCAGCAACAGCAGCAGCAACAGCAUCCAGGAAAGCAAGCAAAAGAGCAGCAGCAGCAGCAGCAGUUGGCAGCCCAGCAGCUUGUCUUCCAGCAGCAGCUCCUCCAGAUGCAACAACUUCAGCAGCAACAACAUCUGCUGAACCUUCAGCGUCAGGGACUCAUUUCCAUCCCACCUGGCCAAUCUGCUCUUCCUGUCCAGUCUCUGCCACAAGCUGGCUUAAGUCCUGCUGAGAUUCAGCAGUUAUGGAAAGAAGUGACUGGAGUUCACAGUAUGGAAGACAAUGGCAUUAAACAUGGAGGGCUAGACCUCACUACUAACAAUUCCUCCUCUACUACCUCCUCCACCACUUCCAAAGCAUCACCACCAAUAACUCAUCAUUCCAUAGUGAAUGGACAGUCUUCAGUUCUAAAUGCAAGGCGAGACAGCUCGUCACAUGAGGAGACUGGGGCCUCCCAUACUCUCUAUGGUCAUGGAGUUUGCAAAUGGCCUGGCUGUGAAAGCAUUUGUGAAGAUUUUGGACAAUUUUUAAAGCACCUUAACAAUGAACAUGCAUUGGAUGACAGAAGCACUGCUCAGUGUCGGGUGCAAAUGCAAGUGGUUCAGCAGUUAGAAAUACAGCUUUCUAAAGAACGCGAACGUCUUCAAGCAAUGAUGACCCACUUGCACAUGCGACCUUCGGAGCCCAAGCCAUCUCCAAAACCUCUCAAUUUGGUGUCUAGUGUCACCAUGUCUAAGAACAUGUUGGAGACAUCCCCACAGAGCUUACCUCAAACUCCCACAACACCAACGGCCCCAGUCACCCCAAUUACCCAGGGACCCUCCGUAAUCACCCCAGCCAGUGUACCCAAUGUGGGAGCCAUUCGAAGAAGACAUUCAGACAAAUACAACAUUCCCAUGUCAUCAGAAAUUGCCCCAAACUAUGAAUUUUAUAAAAAUGCAGAUGUCAGACCUCCAUUUACUUAUGCAACUCUCAUAAGGCAGGCUAUCAUGGAAUCGAGUGACAGGCAGUUAACACUUAAUGAAAUUUACAGCUGGUUUACACGGACAUUUGCUUACUUCAGGCGUAAUGCAGCAACUUGGAAGAAUGCAGUGCGUCAUAAUCUUAGCCUGCACAAGUGUUUUGUUCGAGUAGAAAAUGUUAAAGGAGCAGUAUGGACAGUGGAUGAAGUAGAGUACCAGAAGCGAAGGUCACAAAAGAUAACAGGAAGCCCAACGUUAGUGAAAAACAUACCUACCAGCUUAGGCUACGGAGCAGCUCUUAAUGCAAGCUUGCAGGCUGCCCUGGCAGAGAGUAGUUUACCAUUGCUUAGUAACCCAGGAUUGAUAAAUAACGCAUCCAGUGGCUUACUGCAGGCAGUCCAUGAAGAUCUCAAUGGUUCGCUGGAUCACAUUGACAGUAAUGGAAACAGCAGUCCGGGCUGCUCUCCUCAGCCUCACAUACAUUCUAUCCAUGUCAAGGAAGAACCAGUGAUUGCAGAGGAUGAGGACUGUCCAAUGUCCUUGGUGACAACAGCAAAUCACAGUCCAGAAUUGGAAGAUGAUAGAGAGAUUGAGGAAGAGCCUUUAUCUGAAGAUCUGGAAUGAAAAGAGACUUGAGAAACCUCAAAAUGAAGGGACAUAUCACUGACCUUCAGAACCACUCCACAACCAUGAAUAUUUGACAAAUUUUUACUGUGACUAUUUAUUAAGCAUGGAUAAAGAAGAACAGCCCUAAAGGAACUUGUUAAACCAGUCCUUUGGGACCCAGUAACAACAGGCAAAUUGCUUGUUUUUCUUCUUUUUUUCCUUUUCCUUUUUUUUUUUAAGAUAAACUGAUUUUCUUGAGAAAAAAAAAACAAACCUGUUCUUUAUAUAAUGGCUUGCCCAUUUAAAAAAAUGUGGCUCUUAAGGGUUCAUGAAAUGACUGAAUAUGAGGAUACAUGUUCUGUAGAAAGCAAAUGGGCCUCAUAUACUGCCAAAAAUAGUGUUUAGUUUCAUUAAUGUGAAUUUCCAGCAUACAGUAGUUGUAAUGUUAGAAACAAUUGCUGGUCAAGUUCAACUUGUUGCUAUUGUUUUUAAUUUGCACAGGAGUAGUAUCAGAAAAUAGUGUCACUGCUUGUAUCUAGCUGAAUUUUAAACAACAGAACAUUAGUUUUUUAUGUUGGUGCCACCAACUGUAAAUGACAUAAGUUAGUUAUUACAAACCACAGUAAUUAGACUGUUGCAACCAUCUAAAAACCUUUAGGCUUCCAGUCUGUGCUGUUAGUGUUAAGAUGUAAAGUGCAAUCCUAAGCUAACAUUGUCUGUGCAAGCACCAUAGAAACAUUUGCAUAUCUGCAUAUAUCUUACAACUGUACUCUUUACCUCCUUGUGAUAAAGCUUUGUCUACCUGCAAACACAGUCAAAGGCUACAGCUGCAAACCAAAGCCAACUCUAACAAUGGCCAAUAGCUCAACGACAGAAGCAGCCACAUGCUUUGGUCAGCCUUCUGUAACUUUAAUUAGUACAAAGGAACCUUUCCAUGAACUACCUGCUGUUUUCUGAUGACCUCUGGGAUCUUUUCAUUUAGCCCUAUACAAAGAAACAAAUAUGAAAAAAGUCAAUUCAGUCACAGUGUAAUCUUCUGAGGCCAAAAGUCAAUCUAAAUACAGUGAAGAUUUGCUUUCAUUUAAGACAGAGGUGAGAACAAAGUCUGCAGUGGAAGUUAUGAUAGAAAGCAACAAAUGUGGAUCACUGACCAAAAUAAUUAUGUACUUGAUGCAAAUGCAGAUUGCAUAUUGUUAUAUAUAAUACAUUAUGAUUUUUUUUUCCCAUUCAGUCUGUUUUUUUCUGUGGUGAAUACAUGUUGUUACAAGAUGUCUUGUAUGGUCUUAAUCUUUGUUGUGUACUAUUUUUUAUAGUCUUAAGUUAUAAUGAAAAAAAAAAAAGUAGGAACCAAACUUAAAAGGUCUAGUAAAGCCAAAAAUUAAUUUCAUAUUGAUUUAAAGUGAUCUAGGUGAGUUUUUACACUGAAAGCAAAGAUAUAGCAAUUGUAGUCCAUGGUAUUUAUUUUCAGUCAAACCAAAGUUACAUAUAAUUCUGCCUCUGCUUAUACGGGAUAUUAACACUAACAAUACACUCCCUUUGGAAGACUUGCACAGGCCAAAUUGUUGGAAUGCUGGUUUUCUUGACAACUCCAAACCCAAAAAUAUGAUAAUGCGUUAUGGUGUAGUUGAAAAUAGCAUAGUCCGAUGUUUGCUUAAAACCUAGAAACUUUACGUGUUGCUUUUCAUGUGCUGUGCCAAGUCUUGAUAAUACUUUUUCCCCCAACCAAGGGACCUCAUAACCUGAUUAUGGUUAUUGCUUUACAAACAGUUUUUGACAGAAGGUGGCUGCUAGAGCUUAACAUAUGUACCAGUUCCAUGUGAUGGUCCUGGUUCUUGCAAACUAAGCUCAUUGUUUAUUCUUUGCUGAAGUCAGCAAAUAGACUUAAAGAUAUACACAGUCAUCUAUCACACCAAAUAAAAGGACAUAACGGCUUUCAAAAGGGUUUUCCCACUUACCCAAAAGGCUUUCUGAAAGCUUCUACCUCUGGAAAAAGAAAAAAAAAAAAACAAAAAAAAAAGAAAAACAAAAGAAAUUAGAACAAUUAUGGCAGAUUGCAUGAAUUGUGAGAACGUCACAGUAACUGCUACUUUUCAUUAUGUUUGUCUUUGGGUCAUGAUCAAAAGAAGGUUUACGGUAAUUACAUCGAGAUAAGGAUUAACCUUGUAGUCGAUUGUUUUCAGUCAGUCGUCUAAGAUUCUGAUGUGGGCAUUACCUGAAAGAGAAUGAUGGGUGUUUCAAGUACAUGUUCAAGAGACUUUGAUGGACUGGAAGUAAAUGUGGUAAUUGUACCGUCAGGAAGGUGGCCUAAGACUACAAUGCUAAAGUAUGCAUACCUCAGUUACAAAACUUUUGAAAGGAAGUCUCAGCCACAGAAUGCAUAUACCUGUAGAGUUUUGCAUGGGUUUUAUAUAAAUACAAUUUAAAAAAAAAUAGCUGCUUGCACAUUAUACCAGAAAAACCUCCAAAACUGCAAUUGCUUUGAAAAUAGAUUUUAGGUUUUUUGGAGUUUUCUGAGAUGCUUGGUCUGUAUUUUGAUAAUUGUGCAUAUUAUGUAAAAAUGUUGGUGGACCCAUAAAUGACCAGACUUUUUCUAAGAAAAAUGUUGCUUUAAUGCAUUUCAUGAAUUUUUACUCUUAUAUCAUUGCUUGCUAGUAAUAGCAAAUCUGCUUUUCUGCAUCUGCUUUGCGUAGCUAUUGUAAGGCUUUGAACUAAUGUAUGUAUUUAUUGCUUGAACUUCUGUGCAUACCUUAUAAAGCAUAAUGUCUGACAAUUUAAAUGGCUCAUGUAUUCUUGCUUCUAUCAUAAGCUGAGGGGGAUUAUGAUCUUUUGUAUACAGCAAAUUUUAACUGUAGCACAAACAUCUGUUUAUGUAUUGGUGGGAUAUACCUGUUUUAUUUAUCUUUUUUGAGGUAAACUAAUUUUUGAUACUUUUCAUUACUGUGUACUGUGUUCAUACCUUGAAUUCUCUGACGUUAGAAGUCAUGGUUGAGAAUUGUAACAGCUGUUAUUUGUUCUGUAUUCAUGGCUUUCACUGCUGAAUAAAAUAAAGGACCAAACCUAGGAUUUGAAAGAAAACUGUCUACCUCUAACACCAGGGAGUUAUCAGAUUUUAUUUUACAUAGUUUUAGUCUACAGAGUCACAAUUGCUUAAACCUAGUGGGCUUAAGGCUUAUAUUCUAUGUGGUUGAAUUCAUGGCACAGUUGUACCUUUUGAAAAUCAAUUAAAGUUUCAUGUGAAUGUUACAAGUAUUUGGUAGAAUUGCCACUAACUGGGUUUUCUUUAGAUAAAGCAAAUAUGGGGAAACCUUCAUCAGCAUUCUGUGUCUAUAGCUGAUUAACUUCAUAAGAAUGCAUUUCUUUGUGAUUAGGGAAUCCAAGCACAGUCAGGUAGGAUCAGAGCUACUGAACUGUACUUAGUAUAAACCAGCCUAGGCUCAAAUGUCCUGGGUCCCCCGUAGUCUGAUUUACAAAUUUUCUCAAUUUGGGCAUUCACUUUUUGGUUUUUUUUUUUUUUAUUAUCGUUAUUUUGUCUGCAUGCUCUAAUAUUAAUGUGCUUUCUGGAAGGGUAGCUUUAUUAUUACUCUAAAGCUAUUAACCAGUAGCCCAUUUUGACCUUGUUAUUUCAAGAGUUCAAAUCACUAUGGAAGGGUUUUGUCCAUUAAAUUUGGCAUAUUUAGUAAAAAAGGAUGUACAUUUUACUAUAGAAUUGAUGUAUAAACAGUGUUUUCACUGCUGAUGGAUGUAAAAAUGUAUAUGAAACCAUUUCAUUCACUUGCUUACAUUUCUGGAGUAUAAAUAAAAAAUAUAAUUCUUUUUGAUCCAUUUAUAACCCACAGGGUUUUCUUUUUUUCUGGGAAGAAUUUUCUUCCACCUUAAAGAGCUCAGUUUA